AGUUAAUCUACAUCUGCAAAUAUGGCUUCAAUGGUUGACGUCUCUAUCAAUUAAAGGGCUUCUUUACAAUAAAGUUGUUUCUGUUUUGAAUGCUGUGCUAACAACAUCACUUCCUGUGCUGCUGUCAGCUUCGACACUGUCACAGUGGGUUAUAGAGGAAUCUUCCAACAUAGUACGGAACUAGAGAGCAACCAGGAAAUUCCUUUCUUGGGUUUGGCCAGGGAAGAGAUCUUGUGUAUAUAUACGGUAAUGGAGCUUACUAGGAAUAUGCAGAGCUACAGACAUCAGAGCAGACAGAUUUCAGAAGAAAUAGAUAAGGUCUACAUCUGCAAAUAUGGGUGCCCUCCUCAGCAGCCUUUACCAAGCUCUUAUGAGCUUCUCUGGCACCAAGGCUCGGAUCUUGAUGUUGGGUCUGGACGCUGCUGGAAAGACUACCAUCCUCUACAGGCUGAAAUUGAAUGAGACAGUAUGUACAAUCCCAACCAUCGGGUUCCACGUUGAGACUGUGGAGCCCAUCCGUAAUGUGACCUUUACUGUCUGGGAUGUAGCUGGUCAAGGAAAAAUUCGAGCCCUGUGGAGACACUACUAUCCCAAUACAGAUGGGUUGAUUUUUGUGGUGGACAGUGCCGAUACAGAGAGGUUUGAUGAAGCCAGGACAGAACUCAGUGCUAUGCUGGAGGAUGAUAAAAUGAGAGGUGUGCCCUUUCUGUUCAUGGCCAAUAAGCAAGAUCUCCCAGGUGCCAUGAAACCUAUGGAGCUGGCGGAACAGUUGGGACUGGCAAAGAUAAAAGGACAUCAGUGGCACAUCCAGGGUUGCUGUGCAACCAAUGGGGAAGGACUGGUGGAGGGGCUGGAGGUCUUCACCAACUUUGUGAAGCAGUUUCAAAAGAACAAGACUUGCCAAGAGGGCUAAAUUCAUGUCAAUCCAUGUUAAGUUGUCUUUUCUUGUCCAACGAGCUGGAAGAGUGUACAGCAGUGGUCUCCAAACUGUGGCCCGAGGGCGGAAUGUGGCCCUUUUCUUGCCUUUAUCCAGCCCUUGGGGCACUU